AUGGUGCUCGUGGAUCAGGCGUUGAAGAAGAUUGGGGAUCCCACAGCAACAGUAUGGCUGGGCGGGUAUUGGAACGGAACUGCAAUUCAAUGGGAUGACAAUUCGGCGCCUGAAUAUAAUAAUUUAAUCGAUAAAAAAGCAAAUUCCGGCUACCUCGUGCUCCGCCUAUCAGACGGAAAAUGGGACAUUGUGCAGACCGGAAGCUACGCGGUUUCCUGUAUUGGGCAGGAUCAGGGGGCUCCUUGCGACGACGAGUGGCUGUACUCGGCCAAGUUGAAGAGCUGCUACAAGCUUAUCGGCAACUUUUCCGGCUUCACCUGGUAUGAAGCCCAUUUGAGGUGUAUGUCACUUGGAGGGCAGUUAACGUCUAUUCAUUCUGAUGAAGAAAAUAGGAUCGUUGUCGAACUUGCUGAUACCUAUCUGGGCCUCAAUUUCGACUUGAACAAUUUGACAACGGCUUCGACUUGGGUUGGGGCAUACCGAGAUGGCCCCGGACUGUCGGAUUUUGCCUGGACGGAUGGCACAGCGUUUGACUAUGCGAAUUGGGCCGCCACGCAGCCGGACAAUAUGGAUGGGAGGCAGCCGCGGGUUCAUAUUUACACCACCCACCACAUUGAAUAUGGCCCCAAUGAUUCGAAAUACCUACACAAAUGGGACGACAUCUAUAUUGACUCACGGGGCAAUAACGCCAUUUGCAAGAAGGCUGCAACCUUU